AUGGUGCCAGCCCUUUUCUCGUAUGCUCCGUGGGUCAAGUCGCAGAGUGAGGAUGAGGGUUGGUCCACAGCGAAAGGUGGUCGCUGGGCCGCGGCUGGUCCCCCAGGCUACUGGUACGGGAAUGGCCACAGCGUCAAGGGCCACGUCUUCCAGAACUAUGGAGGAAAAGUUCCUUCCAUCACCGCGUCUGAAGCCAGGGCCCUUGGUGAGUCGCUCCAGAAGGCGGGGGAUGUCGGAGCGGCCACAAAGUACUUGGACAUGGCUAAGCAUCUUGAGGCAGCAGCUAAGCCCGUUGUUAUAUCGGACCACGUUCGGAUGCAGCAGGCUCACUCCACUGCGCGCAAGCUGGAGAAGCAGAUGGAGCAGCAGCUGGGCCGACAGUCUGAGAUGCGGACUCAGCCGAUGUCCCUCAAUCUCGAGGAGCUGGUGGCAGGCACGGUGGACUUCUCCAAGCUCAUCGACUGCAGCCACAUGCUGGAGGAUCUCACGACUGACAACGACGUGGGUGCGUCGGACCUUGAGCAAUUCCAGAAGAGGAAGGAGGACUUGUCGUCAAGGGUCACCAAGCUGGCCAGAGACCUCUUCGCCCAG